CAGAUUAUUGUCCUCGUUUGGAAGAGUUAGAAUUAAAAAAAGAUAUUUCUUGUUUUGGAGAAGUAUUAUUUCGAAUAGUUGAACGAUGUAAAAAGAUUCAAAGGUUGGAUAUUGAAGAAAAAAAUUACGAAGACCAAAUGAUAAUACCUAUUUUUGAAAAAAUUCCCCAAGUAACACAAUUGAAGAUUCAUCAAUGUAUUUGUAUUAGUGAAGAAGUGCUCUUAAAAAUUUUCAAAUUUUGUCCGAAACUGACAAAACUUAAUGUCACUAAUAUGCAUGAGAUAACAACAGAACUUGCACUUGCAACGGCAAAACAUUUUACAAAAUGUUCUAAAAUUUCAAUUAAUAAAGUGGAUAGGCCACUAGACAGCUGCAUAGAAGCAUCCGAAAAUCAAUUAUAUAUUGCUUUAUAUGAAGUUGAUUUAGGCAUGAUAAUUGAUUAUUUUAUUAAUAGGAAGGAAAAAUUGAGAGAACUAGUUUUGUCUGGUGUUGAAUUGAGUAAGUUGACAUUGGAAAUCAUUUGCGGCAAUUUGGAUUUAUAUAAAUUAGUAUUGUUUGACGUCGAAGAGUUAGCAAAAGCCGUACGUUAUUUAUUAUAA